GAAGCAGGAUCCAUCAUUCUAAACGCACCUAGGAAUUUUUGCACUAUAAAUUACUUCGCAUCAAAUCCUUCAACCUUUAAAUCUUAAGGCUUCAAUUGCGUCAUAUUGCCCUAUAUUUUUCAGCGCCGCGGGAUAUUCCGACUGUGCUGUUCUAUCCAAGAUGUCAAUUUCAAAGCCUUCAGAAAUCAAUUCGCAGGCAACAUUUGAGCCAAUGCCAGAGCAGCUCUUUACCCAAUGCGCAACUUUCAGAAUUAAUGGGGGCUGCAAGCGGAGUGCCCAUCUCUGGCUAAAUCACCUCAAGCAAACUGAAUUGAGCGAGCAAUCUCAUAUUCCAAAUAUUGCGCUCCCUCCAGCAUCGAGUCAAAAAAUGGAGGAAUAUUGGAUGCGACUUGCUCUUGUGAUCUGUGAUGAUGGGGCGGCACUAGGGAUCAAGGUGCCUCUCAUUAUCCAAGUUAUUGAAGCGGAACGCCGGCGUUUGACGGUGUGCCAGAAUCGAGCUCAACAAUGGUGCUUUACCCGGCGGAAUAAAGUCACAGCUGCUUUUCAAGUUUUUGUAUACAGAGCGGCGUGCAAUGCUUUGCAGUUGGCGACGGACAUUUUACGAAGCGGCAUCCAUCCAAGCGCAGAUUAUUUUAUGAGCAGCGCCGCACGAUUUGAGCGCUGCCACUUCGAUAGAGCUCCAAUAACAAUUCGCAUUCACAAUCACAAUCAACUCUAGAGCGCUUGAAAAGCUUGCACCUUGUCUUGAAUCUAGUGCACGAAGGCUUUGAAUCGGCUUGGAAGGUCCAAUUAAGUGAAUGGGGCGGUUGGGGCAGCGAAAAUUUGAAAUAUAUUGGUAUAUAAUAAGAUUAAUUCCACUUCUGAAAAAUUGACUCCCA